CGGUUGCAGCACGUAUUUGCACGCGAGAGUAACAUUACCGUUCAGUAGACUUUGGAUGUAACUCCGAGUAGCAUUCGUGUUGCGAAUAAUAUUUUCGAAAUAUACUCAAAUUCGCUAUUAUGUAUCACGCAACUGCAAUUCAAUCUUAUCAGUGAACUUGAUUUUGAUUAAUUUCGCCGAUUAUUUUUAUAAGGAUGCAAAAAAUGGAUUUCGAUGUUUGGUAGUAUUAGGAGCGGGAGAAACGAUCGUUUUCGAACGUGACAGACUACAGGGUGUUGGCUCCCGCGCGUGUCAGUCCUUCGAUUUCUUUCUAAUUGGUUUCCUUUCUCCAUGCAUGUUUUCGAAGAGAAUAUAAACGUUGGUGAGAUUUUACUUUCAUUGCGGCUUUCGCUUUUCUCCGCUUCAUCAAGAGUUUCCUGAAAGACCGAGUUCCUCGCAUUAUUGCGUGCCUGUAGAAGUGUCACGUGUGUAUACACACUGACAGACCACGCCUGUCUGUUUCUGGUGAAACACCAAUACGCACGCGGGCAAGAUGGCCGCAUAUACUUUAUACUCGUCAAUUGGACGCGUUUGUUUUUAUCUGUGCUUCCUCGCAAUUACGGUGUUGUGUCAGGAACAAAUACCUCCGGGUAGUCGGUAUUACAGUCGCGAUGGGGUAUAUGUGCCUCAAAACGGACCAGAUCACCGAACCGACACUUAUGUUUACAAAGAUAGAAGGUAUGGGUAUCGUCCUAGUUACUGGGACUCUGUUUACAGAGGACCCACCAGAGCACCAGACAGUCGGUACCUUUACGAGCAUACAACUUCAAGACUACCUUUACCUGGUAUAUUGGGUGGUUGGCGAGAAGAUCUUCAAGGAAGAAAGAGGUCUGAUUCGAAAAAUCUACCUAUAGAUGUUACUGUGACCACAGCUUAUGGACAAGUGCAAGGAUUUAAAGUUUAUUUAUAUGAUGAUCCACAAGCAAGGCAUAGGCCUUGGAGUUUACCAGUUGAAAGGGUUACAAAGCAUGUUAAUGUAUUCCUCGGUAUUCCUUAUGCUAUGCCACCUAUAAAAGAAGGUCGAUUUAAACCACCCAAAACUCAUAAAGGUUGGCAAUUACUGCAAGCUGUUGAUUGGGGACCAGCUUGUCCUCAGCCCAGUGCAUAUACUGGUGCUACUAAAGGAAUCCGUGAUGUGGAUGAAGACUGCUUAUAUUUGAAUAUUUUUACGCCAGAUAUUAGCUCUGGUUUAGCUAAGCCGUACCCAGUAAUGUUCUAUAUUCAUGGUGGAGAAUUUACUCAUGGAGCAAGCAAUUUGUUUCCAGCACACAUGUUGGCUGCAUUUUACGAUGUAGUAGUCGUUUCGAUUAACUAUCGACUAGGAGCUCUAGGAUUUCUAAGUACAGGAGAUGAGAAUAGCCCUGGAAAUUAUGGAAUUUUGGAUCAAGCUAUGGCAUUGAGGUGGGUGUAUGAUAAUAUCAGAGUUUUUAAUGGUAAUCCUGAUGCAAUAACUCUUUUUGGACCUGGUGCUGGAGCAGCAAGUGCUGGAUUAUUAAUGGUUGCACCUAAAACCAGAGAUAUGGUAUCAAAAGUAAUAGCUCAAUCAGGUUCUGCAUUGGCAGAUUGGGCUGUCAUAGCAGAUAAGUACAGGGCACAGAAUACAUCUAAAGUAUAUGCAGAAUCACUAGGCUGUAGCAUAGAAAGCAGCUGGAGAUUGGUGCAGUGUUUGAAGAAUGGCAGAUCCUUUUUUGAACUUGGUAAUUCUGAAUUAAAGCAACACAUUGGAAUGUUUCCUUGGGCUCCUGUAUUGGAUACUAAUUUCACAGUACCAAAUGACAGUUGGUACGAAGAUUGGAGAGAAACAGAUUGGCGUUUCUUUGUGGAAACACCUGAAGAAAGCAUAAAAAGUCAUAAGUUUACAGAUAACUUAGCAUAUAUGGCUGGUGUAACUACUCAGGAAGCAGCAUACCUUAUAUAUAACAAUGCCACAUUAGCCAAGAAUCAAUAUAUUAUAGAUGCGGAAUCAUUCGAUCAGAAAAUUUGGGAACUUGUUCUCCAAUACAACUACACUCUAAAUUCUCAAGGAGUUUAUGAAGCUAUAAAAUACAUGUACACAUAUUGGCCAGAUCCGACUAAUAUUACCCACAUUCGUGAUCAGUAUAUUAAUCUCUUGACUGAUUUUCACUAUGUUGCUCCUUUUGAUAAAAUAGCAAAAGUUUUGAUAGAAAAACGUGUACCUACAUAUUUGUAUGUGCUAAAUACAACUGUAGAAGCAUUAACAUUACCACAGUGGCGAAGUGUUUCUCACAACACAGAGCUUCUUUGGCUAACAGGGGCACCUUUCAUGGAUGUUGUUACUAUCUUUACAGAAUUCUUCCCUCAAAAAUGGAAGUUGAAGCGUGACAUGUGGACAGACAACGAUCGCAAUAUGAGUCACUUUUUUAUGAAAGCGUAUGCAAAUUUUGCAACGUAUGGAAAUCCGACACCAUCGCAAAUUUUGGGUUUACAUUUUGAUGUUGCUAAGCCUGGACAAUUACGGUAUUUGAACAUUAAUACUACUUACAAUAGUUCAAUUUUAUUGAAUUACCGACAAACUGAAAGUGCCUUUUGGUCUAUGUAUUUACCAACGGUUAUUGGUCGUUUGGUACCUACAUAUCCUCCAGUUACUGAAUAUUGGUGGGAGCCAAAAGAACCUCUACAAAUUGCCUUUUGGUCUGUUUCCACUGCGUGUCUAUUGUUAAUCGUGCUUUCCGUAGUAUGCUGUAUGCUUUGGCGCAAUGCCAAAAGACAAUCUGACCAUUACUACAGCGGAGACAUCCUCAUGGUGCGAGACGACGAACCUUCGGAGGGAAUCGAGAAUAUGACUCGUACUUCGAAGGAGAACAUCCACGAGUAUCGUGACACACCACCUGUCAGAUCUAGGAUACCGCGGCAAAAUGAAUCAAAGCUUCAAGAACGAUUGUCGCAUAAUCGUAAAUUUAGUUCUACUCCAUCGCUAAGGAGUAAUUCCAAUAUCUCGCUGAAAGAUAUGCGUUCGGAAGGAUUUGUUACCAGUUCACCAAAUGGACAACCUAGAUUAAGCAAAGCUAUAAGCCAGUCCUCAUUGCCUAAAAGUAAAAGCAAAACACAUUUAGUUCAAGGUGUCCCACAAACAGCUGUAUGAUAUCCUUUUUUGAAGUAUUAUUUUUCUACCUGCAGCUACUUCAUUUACUUUUUUGAAGAGAAGCUAGCUUCUGAUGUCUAAAAGAUGUCUAAAAUCAAAAAUAUAGGUUUUUAAACAAUAUGUGUUCAUAUAUAUGCAAAAUGUUUUUUAAUAUGAUUAUUUUCAGAUAUUAAAAAACAUUGCACAUAGAAAACUGAGGUUACUGUUAUAAGACUUGGCUAAACGUUUCGUCCGUCCACGAUAAUGUUAUCGUAUUAAUAUUGCAUUGUACAUAUCGAUACACAUAUUUUAUACUUUUUUACGUUAAUUUUUAUCGUUAUAAACAUCGGUAUACGAAAUCUAUUUUUUACCGAAAGCCAUGCACGCCACGAUAGUAAUAUAUAUUAUGUAAUAAUAUAUCAUAAUAUUAUUACUUUGAGAACAAUUUAAUAGUUUAAACAAUGUAGAGUGUUUUUAUAUCGUUUUUUACCAUAAAAGUUGCAAAUAUAGUACAUGUUAAAAUAUAUUUAUGUAUUCCGAUAUUUUUAUAGUAUUAAUAGAAAACACGUGUAGUCGUCGAAUCGAUCUCACUAUUACCGAUGUUAUGAUUUCGAUAGUAUAAGUCUUUUAAUAUAUUCUAGUAUUAUACAGUACCUAAUAUAGAGAUAUAUUAUUAUAUCUCAUGCGAGGAAGUUUAUGUAUUUUAUGGUAUAUAAGAUCUCUAUCUUUUACGAAAAAGAAUAUUAUACGUACUAUUACAAAUGCAUUUAAAUUAAGAAGUAUGAAUGUAUUGUAUUAGAAGAAGAACACCGUUAGAUUAAGAUCUUUCAAUUAAAGAACACCGUGCAAGCAACAUACGAGCUUUUAAAAAUCCUACGAAAUUCAAUUGCGGCAAUAUUCAUGUCAUACAUUUUAUUCAUUGGAUAUUAUCACAAAUAUUCAGUGAAGAACUCUAUAAGUCAUGCUAAACAUAAAUAAUUUUUCAACUUCUACUGAGAGAUAAAAAAGUAUGGGACCAAAACAUGUAAAAGUAAGAUUUAAACAAUUAAAAAUACAUAUAUUCUGUU